AUGGAUGAUCAGCAACAGCAGUUAAACUUGUAUGUGGUCGACAAAGGGGGACCACCUUUAUUUGGUCGAGAGUGGCUAAGGGACAUAUCAGCCAGAAUAAAAGUAGAGAAGUCGGCGAAGCCCAAGUUUUGCAAAGCUCCUGUGGUACCGUAUUCGUUGCACUCCAAAGUUGAUCAGGAACUGGACCGUCUUAUCAAGACUGGAAUUCUCAUCACAGUGAAUCCCGUCUUGGACAUAGACCAGUAUCCUCUACCCAAGAUCGAAGACAUAUUUGCAAGUCUGGCGGGAGGUCGACAGUUUACAAAACUGGACUUGAAGAAUGCUUAUCAUCAAAUGAUAGUGAGAGAAGAGGACAGACAUUAUCUCACGAUAAAUACUCACCGUGGUCUAUUUCAGUACAACAGGCUUGUGUUCGGAAUAGCCUCGGCACCAGCGAUAUGGCAGAGAGCCAUGGACAAAGUUCUUCAAGGAAUUAAGGGAGUACACUGCAACAUGGAUGAUAUGAUCAUUACUGGGAGAACACCUGAAGAACACCUGAAAAACUUAGAACAAGUCUUGAAGCGACUUGACCGUUGCGGGUUAAAAGCAAAUGUUGACAAGAGUGAGUUCCUAAAAGACAAAAUUGAAUUUUGUGGCCAUGUGAUAGAUGCAGAAGGACUCCACAAAACAUCAAAGAAAAUCGAAGCUGUGCUAAAUGCUCCAGAACCAAAGAAUGUGUCUGAACUCAGAGCUUUCUUAGGACUCAGCAUCAAGGAACUUGUGACGUCAAACCAAGUGCGCGUGCACUAUGAUCCCCAGAAGCCGGUAACACUGGCAACAGAUGCUUCUCCCUAUGGACUGGGAGCCGUGCUGUCUCACGUGAUGCCGGAUGGUUCUGAAAAGCCGAUUGCUUUUGCAUCUAGAUCACUUAGUCAAACAGAGAGGAAGUAUGCACAAAUUGAUAAGGAAGCGCUAGGAUUAGUGUGGGGGAAUUCCAAUACGAUAUUCGAUACAAAAACACAAAGAAACAGCAACGCUGAUGCCUUAUCAAGACCUCCUGUUCUAACAGAAGGCGAAGGAUCCAAUGAAGAGGCUUAUGAUGUAACUGAACUGUAUAUGAUUCAGCAACUUGAAAGCCUACCUGUUAGUAGUAAAGAAGUUCAGAGAGGAACCGUAAAAGACACCACUCUGAAAGUGGUAUAUGACAUGACAGCUUCAGGAUGGCCAGCAUCUGCAAAUAACCUAAGUGAAGAACUGAAAGCAUACUUUUCUCGCAGAAAUGAGAUCUCAAUUUAUCAGGGAUGCUUACUAUGGGGAAUUCGUGUUAUCAUUCCCCAGGACCUUCGUUCGCGUGUCCUAGAGGAACUUCAUGAAGGACACCCGGGAAUUGUCAAGAUGAUAACUGUGGCUCGAAGUUUGGUAUGGUGGCCAGGUAUCGACAAAGACUUAGAAACACUGGUGAAACGCUGCAAGGGUUGCCAGGAGAACCGACCCAUGCCACCAGAAGCACCUGUUCAUCCGUGGGAAUGGCCCCAACGUGCAUGGCAAAGGAUACACGUAGACUUCGCUGGCCCGUUCCAAGGAAACGUUUUUUCGUCGUAG